AUUUAGGAAAUGCCGUGACCCGGAACUACUUUUUUUGGUGUUGCUGACGAGACUCCGACAGCUAGCUCCUGGUUCCACGUGCAGCAGAAUUUUGUAGUCGCAUUGUCAGACCUAUAGCACUGCAAUGAAGCGUCCAGGGUUAAAGAAAGCAAGUAAACGCGUGUCUUGCUCCAAACGUUACAAAAUACAGAAAAAGGUCCGGGAACACAACAAAAAACUAAGAAAAGAUGCAAAAAAGAAAGGAGUUGGCAAAAAAGUGAAAAAGGAUAUUGGAGUUCCCAACAAAGCACCAUUCAAAGAGGAUAUUCUGAGGGAAGCAGAACAGAGGAGGUCAAAGCUUGAAGAAGAAAAGGAGAAAAAGAAGCUUGCCAAGCAACAAGAACGGGCUCAGAAGAGGAAGAAGGAAAACGCUGCCGGCAGGGAUGCAGACCCUAAAGCGAAGAAAGCUCGAAAGGAGUUACCAUCACAGGAGGACCUUGUGAAACAGAUGGUGAAACAAAGUGACCCAAGGAAUUCGAAGAAGCACCUUUGUUCAGAAUUAAACAAGGUGAUCGAUGCCUCUGACGUCAUAGUUGAAAUCCUAGAUGCAAGAGAUCCCCUUGGCUGCCGAUGCCCACAGCUAGAGGAAGCUGUGCUGAAGAGGGAAGGAAACAAGAAGCUACUAUUCCUGUUGAACAAAAUAGAUCUUGUCCCUAAAGAGAAUGUGGAGAAGUGGCUACAGUGUCUUCAGCUUGAGUUCCCUGUUGUGGCGUUCAAGGCAUCCACACAACUACAGGACAAAACAGUGCAAGAGAAGAAGGCCAGAUUUGCAACUCUUAACGGAGUAGUAGACCAGACCAAAGGAGUGGCCUGUUAUGGCAGCAGCAGUCUUCUCCAGCUCCUGGGGGACUAUGCAAAUGCAACAGGGAGAGAGGGCUCACUAAAAGUGGGCUUAGUCGGGUUCCCAAAUGUGGGGAAGAGCAGUCUGAUCAACAGCCUGAAGGGCUUGAGGGCCUGUAAUGCAGGAGUCCAGAGAGGGAUCACCAGGUGCUUCCAAGACGUCCACAUAUCUAAGAAUGUCAAAAUGAUUGACAGCCCAGGGAUAGUGGCAGCCCAGUCUAACCCUAAAGCUGCCAUGGCGCUGAGGAGUCUCCAGGUGGAGGAUAAGCAGGAGACUGUUCUAGAGGCCGUCAGGACCCUGCUCAAACAGUGCAACAAGCAACAGGUAAUGCUUCAGUACAAUGUUCCAGACUUUAGAAACUCCCUGGAGUUUUUAUCCUUUUUUGCCAAGAAGCGUGGAUUUUUGCAGAAGGGUGGAGUCCCCAACACAGAAUUGGCUGCCUCUACCUUCCUCAAUGAUUGGACAGGUGCAAAGCUGAGUUACCACUGCAAAGCCCCUGAGAAGCCAUGCCUUCCCCCAUACCUCUCUGAAGACAUUGUAAGAGAGAUGCAGAAUGGGUGGGACUUGGACAAGUUGCGGAAAGGCAACGAGGAGACUCUAAGAAGUGUAAAGUUCCCAAACCAGGCCAGCAGCAUUGUCCUCCUGUCUAAAGGCCCCACCGCUGGAGUGCUGAGUGACGUUAUUGAGGACAAACCUGCUCCAGAGCCCACUGAGGAAGAUAUGGAGGGUAGCUGUGAAAACCAAGAGGCUGGUGGGGUUAAAGAGGUGUCUGAGGAAGUGACUGCAGAAACAGAUGAACCACAAAUAAAGACACCAGUCACAAACAAACAAGCCAAGGUGAGGUUACAGGUUCCUGUCCCAGUCAACAUUGACCUCUCCUCAGUCCACACAGAUGACACCUAUGACUUCAACACAGAUUUUAAAUGAACAUCUGUCCUUUUUGUUUCUCAAGUCUUUUCUUCGUCACGUCACCAUCUGUUCUGUAAACCUGUGAUGGAAAAUCUUAUUUUAGUGGCUUAAAUAAUCCUUGGUUCCUGCCUGUGCUUGGUAAAGAGAGUCAUGUCACACCCCCCCAUAUAAGGACCAUCUGGCAGAACACGUUCUAGAAGUUAGGAUAGAUGUUGCCCAAACCAACCCAAUGAACUAUGCAACGUGUCUGUAACCAAACAGGACUGCCCCGAGAGUGCCUGACAGACGUACGAUGAUGCAUCAAGUUUGUUAGAACCUCUCCAGUUUAAUUAUUGAUUGGCUUAUUGUCCCUGUGUAGAAAUUCCAUGACACUUGGUUACAGGUGACUGUUUAAGGCCUGUGUGUAACCUGUAUAAGGAGUUGGUAAAUGUUUUGCCUUUUGAGUAAAGGUCCAUGAUCUGUACAUGUUCAAUGUGAAUUAGUGUAUAUAGCCUCAAUAAAUAAAUUGAUCCAUAA